UUUUUUUUUUUUUUUUCCUUUCUUUCUUUCUUUCUUCAACUGAUGAAAAAGCAACCACCUCCGGAUUCUACUACCGAACCACCGAUACAAAAUGAAAAGCAAAUAUUAUCACCUACUACCUUAUUAUCUGAACCCAAUUGGUCUUUAAUGGACGAUUUUAUAGGACAAGACGAUACCGAUCUCUUUCAAGAAGCUCUCAUACCUCCAGAAAACUUUAAUAUGGUCUGUCAACAUGUCUAUCGUAGUUCCUUUCCCAAGAAAAAACAUUUUCGUUUUUUAGAAAAGUUAAAACUUAAAAGUAUAUUGUAAGUAUAGCAAUAAAGAAAAAAAAAAAAGGUAAACCACUCACUUUUUUUUUGUUUAGAACCCUUAUUCUUGAAGAUUAUCCUGAACAAAAUAUGAAGUUUCUCAAAGAACAAGGUAUACAGUUUCUUCAAUUUGGCAUUGCUGGAAACAAGGAACCAUUUGUACAAAUUCCUGAAGACAAGAUAAGUGCUGCUUUAGCGGCUAUUUUAGACAAGCGAAAUCAUCCGAUGUUGAUCCAUUGCAACAAAGGAAAGCAUCGAACUGGUUGUUUGAUUGGAUGUUUACGAAAGGCACAGCACUGGAGUCACACUUCUAUAUUUGACGAAUAUCGACGCUUCUCUCAUCCCAAAUCAAGAUCAAUGGACCAACAAUUUAUUGAACUAUAUGAUGCAAAUCAAGUAUGGCCUCUUGUUGAUCGACGUUAUUUACCUGAUUGGCCUACUUUAGGUGACCCACCUCCAACUACUGAAUCAUGAUAAUCGCCCGUAGAUCGACCAUCUUCAUCAUUCCCCUCUCUCACUCUGUUAUUUUUUGUACAUAGCCUCCCUCUCGUUAGGAUUAGAAAAAGUGUUAUUUGUUACUAGGUUGUCAUUUCCUUUUUUAUUUUAUUUUUUUUCUUUAUCUUUUUUGAAUAAAAGAUUAUUAUUUUUAUCGUUA